GCCGCGUGCGCCGCCGCGCUCGCGGCGACCGGCCGCUGGGAGCCGCUGGGCGGCUGCGACGUCGCGUGGCGGCCCGUGGACGGCGGCUUCGACGGCGCCAUGGCCGACCCCGGUGGCUGCGUCGUGCUGAGCCAACGCGAUGGUACGACCCGGGUCCGCGUCAAGGACGCGCUCGCGCUCCGCGACGACGUCCUCGAGGUCGACGACCGCGGCUACGCCCUCGACGGCACGCUCCUCUACGGCAGCCCCGACGGCGGGCCCUACCGCCUCGCCCGCGUCCAGGGGACCCGCGACCAGGGCGGCGGCGACCCGUAA